CUUCAUCUGUAGCCAGUGAAAUUAGCUAAUAAGUUUUGGUUGUUUUGCUGUCAGUCGUGUUUAUAUUAGAUUUAUUUAUUUAACUAUCCAUUAUUUUUAAAAGAUGACGACGCUCAGACCUUUUACGUGCAAUGAUUUAUUCAAGUUCAAUAGUGUGAAUUUAGAUCCCCUCACGGAGACGUAUGGACUUUCUUUUUACACACAUUACUUGGCACAUUGGCCAGAAUAUUUUCAAGUGGCAGAAUCACCAACUGGUGAAGUAAUGGGUUACAUCAUGGGAAAGGCGGAAGGGCAGGGAGAGAAUUGGCAUGGUCACAUAACAGCACUUACAGUUUCACCUAAUUAUAGAAGAUUAGGUUUAGCUGCAAUGUUGAUAAAAUUCCUAGAGCAGGUAUCAGAAAAGAAACAGGCAUACUUUGUAGAUCUGUUUGUAAGAGUUAGUAAUAAAGUGGCAAUUAAAAUGUACCAACAGUUAGGAUAUAUUGUAUAUAGAACUGUUUUAGAAUAUUAUAGCGGGGAUCCAGAUGAAGAUGCCUUUGAUAUGAGAAAAGCACUAUCAAGAGACGUGAAGAAAAAAUCAGUAAUACCUCUAACUCAUCCUGUAAGACCAGAGGAAGUGGAUUAAAUGUACUUAUGUAUAAACACAUUCUUAUGGAUGCAACAUAAAAUAAGCGAUACGCUUUGCGAUACAUUCGAAACUAUAAGUAUCAUCAUUAUUGUGAUUAAGUUUUUAAUACUUCAAUUGAAUAAAUAGUCUUUUAAAGUGCA